GCACCUUGGAGACGAACAAACAACACUUGCAAAGUUGUUGGAAAAACUGUUGUGAUUUGUCUUGGAGAAUACCUGUUUUUCAAAAUGCCUACGGGAGGUUCAGUCAUGAAUCGUCCCCUCCAGGACCAAAUUGAUGAGAUAAAAUCAAAGAUCAAUUUGCUGGAGGGUGACAGAAAGGCUUACUAUGAGACCUCUCAGUUUGCGAUGAAAAAGAAUAGGGAAUCUAUUCUUAAGUUAAGGAAAGAAAAUAAAGAACUGAGAAAGAAACUAAGUGAUUCCCUUUCGCAAGACCAGCAUGUUAUCAACAAAGCCUUCCAGGAACAUCCAACAGAAAGAGCCGCCAUGAAGAACAAGACUGGCAGGCAAGCCAUAACAGUGAUGGACUACAAAGUAUGUGACACAGUGAAGCGCUUGAAUGCCCUGCGCCACCAGACAGCCACAAAACAGAAGAAGCUUGAGGACCUGCAGACUCAGUAUAACCAGAUGCAGCAAGAUGCCAGUGAGGCUGUCGCUACAGAUAAGGGGGAGUCUUCAGAUGCCCAGCAAAUGCGCUACCUUGAGAACAGUUAUGACAAGACAAGGUUGAAGAUAGAUGAGGCCACCCAUCUCAGGAGAAUCUAUGAAGACAUUAAGAAGAAGCUGGAAGUGGAGGCAGAAAAAUUCCCCAGCAUUCUCGAUGCUAUGGAGCAGGAGAUUCAGCUUACACGCACAGAGCUCAAGGAACUUAAAGCGAUGCACGACGACGCCCAGAUUUCAAAGGAAGCUGCCCAGUCGGAGCUCCAGAAGCACGAGAAGGUUGUGUAUGCAGAGCGAAAACAGCGUGAGAUAGAGCUUGCUAAGAUGAAGAAGGAGGCAGAAGAAAAGAAAAUGCAACAUGAGCGUAUCGAGCGCAGAAUUGCCCAGCGAUCCAGCAUCCAGCAGGAUGAUCUAUCACCUCCAGAGAAACAAACGCUACAGGGAGAAGAACAACAACAGAAGAUUACCACCUAUGAGGAGGCAUUUAAGGAGAUCAAGGAAGCUACGGGAGUGUCAGAUACUAUGGAAGUGGUACACAGAUUCGAAAACCAGAAAGAAACAACCCGGCACUUGGAAGAACUCAAGAAAGACAAUGAAAAACAGAUUAUCAGGUUAAAGGAGGAUAAGGAAAAACUGCAGAUGGAGUUUGAGGAAAUGAAGUAUUCUGGAGAUGCCAAGCUCUCUGGAGGUGAGCGUAUGCUUGAAGAGUUCCAGGCUCAUCUCCACAGUGAGGAAGAACGCCGUGAACAAGCGGACGAGAAGCUCCACAAAGCUAGCAAGAACCUGGUGGCUGUUAAGGCUGGCGUCGAACACCUUGCAGAUAAACUGUAUCACCUUAAAGCUAAUAAGGGCCAUGUUCCCCAGGCCCAAAUUGCACCAUCGUCAGAUGAGUAUGUGCUCGAUCAACUUUCCACUUGCGAGGAAAAACUUCUGAAACUGCUUGAGGAAUUGGAUGGACAGGAUCUGAACGCUGUCGUGAAACAAAUGGAAGAAGAGGAGUUCCAUGCAAGCCAGGAAGGUAAAUUACCACAGUACAACACUCGAGUUAAACUGCCACAACCACAGAGGGACCUUGUAUAUGAUGAUGAGGAAGACAGUGGUGACAAUGAUGGUGACGUCCCUGAUCGCGACAAGAUUAAGAAACUAUCACAGAUGAUUGUAGACUCCAAAACCAAACGUAGAACCACAAAGAAAAAGAAGAAGACCACUAAAUAGAUUAUGACACUGGACUGUUCUGACAGGGAAAUGAAAGUUUGUGUGAAUGAAAAACUUGGAAGAUAUACUACAUUAUCUAAGUUUGAAAUCAUAUGUCUUUAAGGAUUUAUAUUUAUUUAUAUUUGUCUUGCUUUCAACAGAGGUUCUGAGGCUGUUGUAACAUUAAGACUUGAGUGAGCAAGAUUUAAAGGUUCAGUGAUAUAAUGUAUGAACUAUUCAAAUUCGUUUUUGGUAGUUGAAUUGUAUUGAACUGAAACUAAAAAAGAAUUAUGUAAAAAAGAACUGACUGCAGCAAAUAUGUAUGUAUUUGUAUAUCACACUAUAUACUUCAUACAAUAUACACUACUUACUGUAGUACAUUUAAUGAACAGUGAUCAAAACGCAUGUAAGCCCAAGACCUAUUCGACUAUAUUCGGGCUACAAUUCUACUUCUUCUUGUAUAAUCUACAAUUAUAUGAACUUACAGUUUUCUGGCUUGUUCGAGAAAAUCUUAAUUUUGAUGACUGUAUUAACUACAUUGCUUGCUCAGAGACUCUUGAAAUUAGAAAUCAUCAUAAUGAUGGUAUUCAAAUGUACCUGUGAUAUUUUAAGCUUGUUUGCUUUUAAAAUGUUCCAAUGUGUUAUAUAUUCUUGAUGCAAUUUGUUAUGUACUGUUAAGUAUAAGCUCUAUAAAUUCUAAGCCAUUUAGUAAACCAUACAUCCAAUCAUGAAAUAGAUUUGUGAGAAAAAAAGUUUUAUCCAUAAUUGAAUAUUAUGCAUGUUGAUAGAAAUUGAUAAUGCAAUUAUUUAUAGUUCUGUUUGUGAAUAAAAAUUGCAUUUAACAGUUAUUGUUAGUCUAAAAAGAACCUGAGAAAAAAUGGCAUUAAUCGUUUAGAGUAGUUUUGAUCAAGUUCCAACUCUUGGUCAACAUUUCUUUUAGCCCACUUAAGUUUUAAAUUAACAUGUUGCUAUAAUGUUAAGAAUAAACUGUGAACAGGAAGGGAAUUGCAAUAUACAAUGUCACACAACAAAUCCUUUCAAGAUGAUUGUAAAUAUUGAACAUCUUAUUUAUGAAAAAGGUUAUCUUAAAACACACCAUUUCUACUUACUACAUGUAUUACAAUACAGAAUAUAAAAACCAUAGUUAGACCAUAGUUGGAGUGUUGAAUUUUGUUUUUGGUUUAAAUGUUAAAUUGCAUUUCUUGUUAAUACUCUGAAUUGUGGUAAAAUAAAAUAAAAAAAACUGAUAAUAAAACACCAACAAAGCA